UUUGACAAUCGCCAAAUCAGCUCGAUUGCUAACUAGAUUUUAAUGUAUCUUAAUUAAAGAUUAAUAAAUAUUAGUGUUUUAAAUGAAGUGUUAGAGUGGUGUAGAUUGUUUAGUUACUUAACUUCUUUUAGUUUCACAUAUGAGAAACUGAAAAUAAACUAUGGCCACGUAUGAAGAGUUCAUUCAGCAGAAUGAAGAUCGGGACGGAAUACGAUUCACAUGGAAUGUAUGGCCUUCAAGCAGGAUUGAGGCAACCAGACUGGUGGUGCCCUUAGUCAGCUUAUAUCAGCCGUUAAAAGAGCGGCCAGAUCUUCCUCCUAUUCAAUAUGAACCAGUUUUGUGCACUCGUAAUACAUGCAGGGCAGUCUUGAAUCCCAUGUGCCAAGUAGAUUAUAGAGCAAAAUUAUGGGUUUGCAACUUUUGUUUCCAAAGAAAUCCUUUUCCACCACAAUAUGCUGCUAUAUCUGAACAACAUCAGCCAGCUGAGCUAAUACCAAACUUUUCAACUAUAGAGUAUACCAUAACAAGAGCUCAAAGUAUGCCUCCAAUUUUCCUUCUUGUGGUUGAUACUUGUUUAGAUGAGGAAGAACUCGGAGCUCUUAAAGAUUCUCUUCAAACAUCACUUAGUUUAAUGCCACAAAACGCUUUAGUUGGUUUAAUUACUUUUGGCCGUAUGGUGCAAAUUCAUGAGUUAGGUACUGAGGGCAUCUACAAGUGUUAUGUAUUUAAGGGUACAAAAGAUUUGUCAGCGAAGCAGAUUCAAGAACAACUGUCUAUUGGUAGAGUGAAUGUACCAAACCCUCAACAAAGGCAAGGAGCACCACAAUCACAACCUCCAGCCCACCGUUUCUUGCAACCAGUUAAGCAGUGUGAUAUGGCUUUAACAGACCUGCUUAGUGAACUUGGUCGUGAUCCUUGGCCAUUAGGUGUUGGAAAACGUCCCUUGAGAAGUAGUGGUGUGGCGCUUUCAUUAGCUGUGGGUUUAUUAGAAGUGACGUACCCUAACACUGGAGCUAGAAUCAUGAUGUUCCUUGGAGGACCUUGCUCCCAAGGGCCAGGCCAAGUCGUUAAUGAUGAGCUUAAGCAGCCCAUUCGUUCCCACCAUGACAUCCAUAAGGAUAAUGCCAAGUAUAUGAAGAAAGCCAUUAAACAUUAUGAGGCUCUGGCAUUCAGAUCUGCAACUAAUGGUCAUGCUAUUGAUAUUUAUUCCUGUGCUUUGGAUCAGACUGGUUUAAUGGAAAUGAAACAAUGCUGCAACUCUACUGGUGGCCACAUGGUGAUGGGAGAUUCAUUUAACUCCUCCUUGUUCAAGCAGACCUUCCAGCGAGUAUUUGCCAAGGAUCAGAAAGGCGAUUACAAAAUGGCAUUUAAUGGUACCUUGGAGGUGAAGUGUAGUAGAGAAUUAAAAAUAAGUGGUGCAAUUGGCUCUUGUGUGUCCCUGAAUGUAAAGGGGCCAUGUGUGUCGGAUCAAGAGGUGGGAAUGGGUAACACUUGUCAGUGGAAGAUGUGUACUUUCACACCAAGCACUACCAUGGCUAUAUUCUUUGAGGUAGUAAGCCAGCAGGCAGCAGCAGUUCCAGCAGGUGGGCGUGGUUGUGUCCAGCUAAUCACCAACUAUCAACACUCCAGCGGACAAAGACGCAUACGAGUUACGACUAUUGCGCGCAAUUGGGCAGACCCAGCCGUCAACCUUCCCCACAUAGCAGCUGGUUUUGACCAGGAAGCAGCUGCAGUGGUAAUGGCCCGACUUGUUGUAUAUCGAGCUGAACAUGAAGAUGGACCUGAUGUGCUUCGUUGGCUUGAUCGAAUGCUCAUACGAUUGUGCCAGAAGUUCGGCGAAUACGCCAAAGACGAUCCUAACAGCUUCCGGUUAUCGGAGAACUUCAGUCUGUAUCCGCAGUUCAUGUAUCAUCUGCGAAGGUCACAGUUCUUGCAGAUGUUCAACAACUCGCCAGAUGAAACCACAUUUUACAGGCACAUGUUAAUGCGAGAGGACCUAACUCAAUCGUUGAUUAUGAUCCAGCCGAUUCUAUACUCAUACAGCUUCGGUGGUCCACCAGAGCCAGUGUUACUAGAUACGUCGUCAAUUCAACCAGACCGUAUACUACUUAUGGACACGUUCUUCCAGAUAUUGAUUUACCAUGGAGAGACGAUAGCCCAAUGGCGAGCACUACGUUACCAAGACAUGCCGGAGUAUGAAAGCUUCGCCCAAUUACUCCGAGCGCCGGUCGACGAUGCGCAAGAGAUCCUUCAAAGCCGUUUCCCAGUACCAAGAUAUAUUGACACUGAACAUGGCGGAUCACAGGCACGAUUCUUACUGUCAAAAGUGAACCCAUCGCAGACGCACAACAACAUGUACGCAUACGGAGGGGCGAUGCCGAUUCCAUCAGCGGAUGGUGGAGCUCCUGUACUAACGGACGACGUGUCGUUGCAAGUAUUCAUGGAGCACUUGAAGAAGUUAGCCGUGUCUUCAACCGCUUAGCAGGAAAUGACUUAUAACACCAGCUUUUUUUUCAGCUGGUAAAAGUUGCAAGACAUUAACCUGUUAAACGGAAA